AUGAAAUUCCAGAUGCCGUGUUCAAAAUGUUCAGUAAUAGCGAACAUAGUAGUGUUUUGUCAGGCAUUUAUAGGCUAUAUAUAUACUUAUCACUUUAAAAACUGCGAUAAAAUUUCUUUUAUCGUCUCACAAAAAAGGAACUUUUCAAGGCCAUCCAUUUUCCUGUCAUCUGUUUUCCGUGCAUUAAUGAAGGCGUUGAUACUAAUCGGCGGUUAUGGCACUAGGUUACGUCCAUUAACACUUAGUAUUCCCAAACCACUAGUCGAAUUUGCAAACAAACCAAUGUUACUUCAUCAAAUCAAAGCUUUACUCGAAGUUGACAUUAAUGAAAUUAUCCUUGCAAUCAACCGUGAAGCUGAAGUUUUGGAAUCAAGCAUAAGAGAAAGUUGUGAUAAAGUAAUUCAAAACACCAAUGUAAAAAUAGUUUUUUCUUACGAAAAAGAAGCACUGGACACAGGAGGUCCACUUGCACAAGCGGCUCCAUUUUUAACAGGAGAAAGGUUUUUUGUUCUAAACAGCGAUAUCAUUUGUAAUUAUCCUUUCAAAAGAAUGUUAGAAUUCCACUUAUCUCAUGGAAAAGAGGGUACAAUGGCAGUCACAAAAGUUGAAGAGCCAUCAAAGUAUGGUGCUGUGGUGCACAAUGAUCAAACAGGUCUUGUGAAACGUUUCGUCGAAAAACCAUCGGAAUAUGUCGCUAACAGGAUUAACGCUGGACUCUACAUUUUUGAACCUACCAUUCUUAAGCGUAUUGAGGCCAAGCCGAUGUCCAUUGAAACAGCUGUUUUUCCAGCAAUGGUGAGGGAUUCUGAACUGUACUGCAUUGAAUUCUCAGGAUUUUGGAUGGAUAUUGGUCAGCCUGCAGAUUAUCUAACGGGCAUGCGACUGUAUUUGGGCCAUUUAUAUGAAUGUAAAUCACCUUUGUUAACAGUUGAUCCAAAUCUGAUAGGAAAUGUUCUUGUCCACGAAACUGCAAAAAUAGGUCAUGGUUGUCGAAUAGGCCCUAAUGUGACUAUUGGUGCAGGUGUCAUAAUUGAAGAUGGUGUACGUAUAUCUAACUCAGCUAUCUUUUCAAAAUCAAUCAUUAAAUCUCAUUCUUGGUUAAAUAACUGUAUUGUUGGCUGGAGGUCGGUUGUUGGAAAAUGGGUAAGAAUGGAAAAUGUUACAGUUUUAGGAGAAGAUGUAUCUGUGAAAGAUGAACUCUUUCUCAAUGGAGCACUUGUUCUUCCCCAUAAUUUAAUAUCACAAUCUGUUUCUGAACCACACAUAAUUAUCUGUAAAUAUAUACAAAUGAAUUAUCUUCUAGUGACUGGUUUUUUCACCAUUUGUUUACUACUCCCAAAUAUAUUUGCUAAAAGGAAGAGUGAAACCUUAAAUGUUCCAUUUCAUAUAAAUGAAAAAGGUGACAUGGUUAUUGAAGUUGGUGGAGUGAAAUUUUCGUUGAAUUCUAAACAAGUUUUAAAAUUUAACGAUGGUGAAAGUAAAACUGAAAUAGACUUUGGAGCACCAACACCAGAAGAAUUGAAAAAUAAGCAUGGUACGCGUCGGAUAACUGAAUACUUUAAUGAAUCAGAAGAACAAGAAUGA